GUUUGUGUGGGAGGGGACCGCCUGCCAGGGAGAGAGAGGAAGCGUGCACUCACUGUGUGCAGCAGCUGUAGAGACUGAUAGAGACCACCCUUCUCCUCUGCCUCCUCCCUCUCCCUGUGCUUGCUGCUGCCGCUAUGUCCCAGGCAGGCAGCAGUACUGAGGAGGAGACCCAGCAGCAGCAGAAGGAGGAGCACAUGAUGGCUGUGCACUAGCUGCUCCUCUCACCCUGCCUGCCUCCAGUACACUCACUGCUCCCAUCUGCGGAUACAGACACCCAGGGGCUGCCGAAGAAGUGACAGCAGCAGAGCAGCCUGAACAUGGACAACUCGCUGAGCGAUCGGGCCCAGCUGCCUAGAAAUAUGAUAGAAAACAGCAUGUUUGAGGAGGAACCUGACGUGGUUGAUCUGGCUAAAGAGCCCAGUGUAAAUCCUCUAGAAUCUGAAGAAGUGGAGUACGAACCUAGGCGCUCACGUUUACUUGUGCGUGGUUUGGGUGAACAUGAGAUGGAUGACGAUGAAGAGGAUUAUGAGUCUUCUGCAAAGUUGCUGGGCAUGUCAUUCAUGAACAGAAGUUCCGGUCUUCGGAACAAUGCAGGGAGUUACAGACCGGUUCAAGAAGGACUGUGCCCGGUUCCGUCUGCAAGGACUGUGAUUGUCAGCGUUGUGUUUGUUGUGAUCUUGGUUUCUAUAGUUACAGUGGUUUACUUGCUUCCAAAGUGUACAUUUACCAAAGAAGGCUGUCAUAAGAAAAACCAUUCAAUGGAACUCAUAUACCCCAUUGCUAGUAAUGGAGACCUGUUCCCAUGGACAAAAAGUAGACUUCCCAAUGUCAUCAUACCUGUAGAAUAUGACAUUACCCUGCAUCCCAAUCUUACUGCAAUGGAGUUCUCUGGUGUUGUGCAGGUAAAGCUAAAGAUUGUAGAGGACACAAAGACAAUUGUACUCCACAGCUCAGGUCUUCAGAACAUAGAGGCAAGUCUAAAUGUAAUUGGAAGGUCCACUUCUAAACUCAACGUUUUGCAGUACCAACCUUUUGAGAUGAUUGCGAUGACUUUGCCUGACAAGUUGAUGAAGGGAACAGAGUGCUUGCUCACCAUUGAGUAUAAAUCUAAUUUUUCAAGCUCUUAUUAUGGAUUUUACAAAAUCUUAUUUGUCGAUGAAAACAGUAAGUGGCUUGCAGCUACGCAGUUCGAGCCCCUUGCAGCAAGGAAAGCUUUCCCUUGCUUUGAUGAACCGGCAUUCAAAUCCACAUUCCGAGUGAAGAUCAAAAGAACCGAAACACACUUUGCUCUCUCAAACAUGCCGAAGAUCAACACAACCACACUCCCAGAUGGGCUUUUACUGGAUGAGUUUGCAACCAGUGUGAAGAUGAGCACUUACCUGGUGGCGUUCAUUGUUUCUGAUAUGAAGAAUGUGACUGCAGAUGACAAUGGUACUCUGCUGUCUGUCUAUGCUGUACCAAAGAAAAUAGAUCAAGCCCAAUAUGCACUGAAUGUUUCAAUAACACUGCUGGACUUUUAUUCAAAAUAUUUUGGAAUCAAAUAUCCCCUCCCAAAACUAGAUCUUGUGGCUAUUCCUGAUAUCCAGGCAGGAGGAAUGGAGAACUGGGGCCUGAUCACCUUCCGAGAGACCACUCUGCUUUUCAAGGAGAACUCCUCUUCUCUUAUGGACAAACAGCUGAUCACUGCAGUCAUUGCUCAUGAGAUGGCCCAUCAGUGGUUCGGGAAUCUCGUGACCAUGGAAUGGUGGAAUGAUCUGUGGCUUAAUGAAGGAUUUGCAACCUACAUGGAAUAUUUUGCCUUGGAAUCAGAAUUUAAAGACCUGAAUGCUAAUAAUAACUUCUUGAAAGCACGUUUUGACGCCAUGGAAAAGGAUUCCUUACAGACCUCUCACCCUAUAUCUACUGAUGUGCAGUCUCCAGAGCAAAUUGAGGAAAUAUUUGACGACCUUUCCUACAUUAAGGGUGCUUCUAUUCUACUAAUGCUAAGAGAGUAUCUGACUGAGGACGUCUUCCAUAACUGUAUUGUAAAGUAUUUGCAAGAUCAUCAGUAUGGAUCGACAAAAAGUGAUGGCUUGUGGGACAGUAUGAAUCUGGUCACCAAAUCCAGUCCAGAUGUGAAAAACAUGAUGAAGUCCUGGACUCAGCAGGCUGGAUAUCCUCUGGUAACUGUUGUAAAGAAAGGAAAGGAGGUGACCGUUAGUCAGCAGCGAUUCCUACGGACUAUAAAUCUAGGCAAUGCAAAUGGGAACUCCAGCACGGUAUGGAAUUUGCCACUUUCUUAUACUUUUGGACCUUGCACUGUUCCCUCAUGUGACUCUGUCUUCUUACUCAACAAAACACAAGAUACAUUUGUUCUCCCGAGCGAGCCAUCAUGGUUAAAGUUUAACUUAAAGAUGACUGGAUACUAUAUAGUGGAUUAUGGUACGGACGGCUGGGACGCACUUAUUAAUCAGCUCUGGAAUAAUCACUCUGUUCUAGCUGCCAGCGAUCGAGCCAGUCUGAUCCAUGACAUAUUUGUGCUUUCUGGUGUAGGGAAGUUCCCCCUGACGAAGGCCAUGGACUUCAUUUCCUAUCUUGUGAAUGAAACGGACACUGCCCCCAUCGAACAGGCAGUUCAUCAGAUCCACCACAUCCACGGUCUUUUAGCUAAGCAUGGUUAUAGUGAUCUGGCAUCGCAUUUAAAGGGUCGUCUCUUGGAUCUGCUAACAACGCUUGUUAGUGAGCAGAGCUGGAGUGAUGAAGGAACAUUGGCUGAGCAAGAACUAAGAUCAAUACUCCUGGGUUUAGCGUGUUCAAAUGAAGAUCAAAAUUGCGUAACUACCGCCAAUGACCUGUUCACUAAAUGGUGGAAGAAUGGUACAAUACUGCCAACAGCUGUCAUGAAAAUCGUAUUUAAAGUUGGUUCCCAAACAGAUGAAGGUUGGCAAUACCUCCUGAGCAAGUACAUAUCAUCUUUGUUUGAGGCUGAAAAGAUCAAGAUACUAGAAGGUCUUACAUGCACGGAUAGCGGCAAGAAAUUACAAUGGCUGAUGAAAGCAAGUCUUCGUGGAGAAAUUAUAAGGUCCCAGGAUUUUCCCAUCAUCAUACGCUUUAUUAGUAGGAACGUCCCUGGGUAUCUGCUGGCUUGGGAUUUUGUGACACACAACUGGGAUGAGAUCACACAGAAAUUUCCACCGGGAUCUUUUCCUAUACAGAGCAUUGUCACCCACACGACUUCACAACUUGCUACAGAAAUUUACUUGAGUGAGGUGAUUAAUUUUUUCAAUUCAACGAAGGGAAAAAGCCGAGAAAUGUGGUGUGUGAAACAGGCCAUUGAAACCAUCAAGUUGAACAUCCAGUGGAUUGACCAGAACCUAGAAAGCAUUAAGAAAUGGCUGUAGAGCGCAGCUGGCCAGUCUGUUUCCCAGGAAAUACUUCUCUUGUUAAAGCACAGAUAGCAAUGAGCAUUCUGCAGUGUUGUGUGGACUCCUGAAGGGUCCUUAGCUCAGGGGAAAACUAAGCAGAAAAUCCUGUAGCGUGAGUGACUGUUUGGGUGGAGAGAGACUGUAUUUAUUAUGGGAUUGUGUUUAUCACACUGUUGCUGUCACCCAGAACGGCACUGUGCCAAGCAUGACUAUCAUGUUACAGCAAUUACGAAGACCACUGUGUAUAAGUUGCCUACUAGAAGCUGUCUGGGAGAUAAUAUGCAGAUUGUGGCAGCACCUGAAAUGUACAUUUCUCUGACGUGUAAAUACUGAAUACAGCCAUAUUGACUAUGGAGAAUGAGAUUUCUUGCCUCUAGUACAGUGUAUUAUGUUAUCACGUGUCACAUGUUCGCACUGGACAAACCUUUGUUUGAAAAAUUUUAAUAUUCCGUUAAAAGCGCCUAGCUGCCUUUCCUCCCUCAGGUUUUGCGUUUUGCUGUAAAGCUUGUGAACAUUGUGCACUGCAAGACUUUAUAUGUUCUGUUGAUGCUGUGCGAUCGUUUUAUAGACAGAUCAUUUAGAACUACGUCUUUCCAGAUCAGAUGCUCAUUGAAAACAUAAUACUACAGAGCAUCAAAUUCACUGCGUCAUUAUAAACCCUAGCGAUGAUUGCCGGGGGAACUGCACUAGGCUAUAUACCAGGCAUAUGUCUUUCACUGUCAUUUCCCACCAGUAACAUAGACUUUACUGCAAACUCCUGACCUGUCUGUCUGUGCUCAGUAAGCAAGUCCCAUUUGUGUGGCAUUGCUAUGACAAAGUGCUCUGUGAUGAUAACAUCUCAUCUAGGUUUUGAGAAUCGGCUUAAUCUGUUUACUAUAGUUGAUACUGUGGCAGCUUUUCCCGCUUCCUCUGUAUGAACAGAGCGCUAGAUUUCAGGCUUACGUCUGGAACUGCUACAUGAAAAAAUUGGGAAUUAAUGAGUGGUAAUGGCAGACACACGGCUAUAGUUUGCUCGAAAUUUUAGAUUUUCAACUUAAACUUUUGAAAUGGAGUUACAUUCUGUGGUGUUCCUUAAACUUUCUAUUUCUCAUCCCAACCCAAUAGCUCAUGGGUGGGAUUUGUCCUUCUCAAUGAAGUCUAGAUUUUCCUUCCAUGUUAUAAAGCCCGUUAGAAGGGGGGGCUUUACUUGGAAGAUGUUAGAGUCAAGGUAAAUUCCAUUUUCUAAAAAAUAAAAAUAAGAGACAAGCUUCAUUCCACCUCUUCAGCACUCUGGUGUAACAACAUUGCCAAGGCCCAAAGGGGGUACCCAUCGGUGUUCUGAAAUGUAAUUACUUUGGAUGGCGGCUGACACACAAGCCUGUUUUACAGUUCAGGUACAGCUUAGUGGCAAUGUCAUCAGGGGUGCUGCCUACACAGAGGGGAUCUUCAAGGGAAAGACUUCUGUCAUUCAGGGAAGAGGGGGUGGUGGCAAUUUUUAAAACCUUUUUUGGAAUGUGGAAUUAGGUUUUAAGUGUUAGAAAUCCUAACCAUAACUGUUCAUUCUUGGGCAUAUUUGAAGAGGUAAAACAAAAAUAUCCAUUUUGGUUUAACUUCUCUUUUUUUUUUUCUUUUUGUUUGACUGCCUCUAGUAUAAAAAAUGUUUUGUAGGGUCUGUUUUUUUUCACAGAAAAAAAUAAAACCGCUUUGUCUUGAAAAUAAUAUUGCUAUAGUUUUUAUGCAUAUAGUGUAUAAGGCUUGCACAGAAAAAUGUAUAGAUUAUAAUAUAAAAUCAUUUUUAUGAUCCAUUUAAUAUGAUCUUGAUUUUUUUCUUUUCUUUUUGUACAUCCUCUCAGGAGCAGGUGCCUUUACCACUCGGUACCGCACAAACAUCUGCUUCUGACCAGUGAUUUUCUAAUACUGCUUACAUGUUUUGUUUAAAAUAUUGAUAAAAUGUUGAAAAUAAAUUUGUUAAAAGCCA